AACCAGCAAGUAAAAAUGGCAUUGAGCCACCUCACUCCUCUCUCUCCUUUCACAACUCUCGCUCGCCGCCUUCCGCCGUUUCCCGCCCUCUCUUCUGCCACCUCACGUCGCCACAACCGGAUUUCAUUCUCAGUAAUGGCGUCCGCCGUACGCAAGGUACUUGUUCCAAUUGCUAACGGAACGGAGCCGAUGGAGGCUGUGAUUACUGUUGAUGUGCUCCGUAGGGCUGGCGCCGAUGUUACCGUCGCUUCCGUUGAAAACCAGCUCCGGGUCGAUGCUUGCCAUGGUGUUAAAAUCGUUGCUGAUGCCCUGAUUACUGACUGUGUUGAUACAGUCUUUGAUCUUAUUUCCCUGCCAGGAGGAAUGCCAGGUGCAAGCACUCUUAAAGACAAUAAGACGCUGGAGAAUAUAGUGAAAAAGCAAGCAUCAGAAGGUCGGCUGUAUGCUGCAAUAUGUGCAGCUCCUGCUGUUGCCCUUGGGUCAUGGGGCCUACUGAAAGGAUUAAAAGCAACUUGUUAUCCAUCCUUCAUGGAGCAGCUAGCAUCCUCUGCAACCACAGUUGAGUCACGAGUCCAGCAGGAUGGAAAAGCUGUUACUAGUCGAGGCCCAGGAACUGCCAUGGAGUAUUCUGUUGCACUGGUAGAGCAGCUGUUCGGGAAAGAGAAAGCUGACGAAGUUUCUGGACCGCUGUUGAUGCCUUCCAAGCAUACCGAUCAAUUCAUUGUAGCCGAACUGAAUAAGCUGCAGUGGACAUCUAGUUCUGAACCUAAGAUUCUAGUACCCAUUGCGGAUGGCUCAGAGGAGAUGGAAGCUGUUAUGAUUAUUGACGUUCUUCGACGUGCAAAAGCUGAAGUUGUGGUUGCGUCAGUCGGAGACAAACUUGAAACUGUGGCUUCUCGUAAAGUAAAGCUAGUUGCAGACAUGCUCCUUGAUGAGGCUGCUAAACUUUCAUAUGACCUAAUCGUGUUGCCAGGUGGACUUGGUGGUGCCCAAGCGUUCGCGAGCUCCGAAACACUUGUAAAUUUGCUGAAGAAGCAGAGCGAGUCUGACAGAUACUAUGGAGCAAUAUGUGCAUCCCCGGCUCUAGUGCUGGAGCCCCAUGGAUUACUCAAGGGAAAGAAGGCGACAGCUUUCCCAGCAAUGUGUAACAAACUAUCAGACCCGAGUGAAGCUGAAAGCAGAGUGGUGAUAGAUGGUAAACUUAUCACCAGCAGAGGGCCUGGAACUUCAUUGGAAUUUUCAUUGGCCAUCGUGGAGAAGCUUUUGGGUCGCGAGAAAGCAUUAGAGCUUGCUAAAACGAUGCUCGUCAUGUAAGUCCCUGAAUCCUUCUUGUUUCUUUUCCCUCGCUGUUUUAUGCGUUUCUGUUGCCAAGAGAGCCUAGUUUUACGCCUUGGUAUGUAUAGUCUAGUUCCAUGGUUCGUGGUAGACUGAAUCUUAGUAAUAAAUGUUGUGAUCUUUUGUGAUCACGAUCGAAUGUGUCGAGAGUUUUGUACACAUAAUGAACACCAAGUAUGCGAACUUACUCGUUGUUUGUUUCUUUCU